AUGGCAUCACGAGACAGAGGACGUCAGCAAGCGGCAGAGUGUGCGCACCUGAAGGCGCAGCUCCUGAGUCUAGCGGAGGAGUCUAAGUCCGUUCUGUUGGAACUCGGAUCUGCUCUGAAUCAGCGCUAUCGGAAUCGCGCCCCCGACCAUCAGACGCAGCAGCUUCUUCAUCGCAAGAACGAGGUGGUAACUCGUCUGAGGGGGUUGGUGAAUGCACAGGGUUUAGGUGAGACGGGAGAGGGGUCACAGCAAGAUACUUACGAAGUCCAGCAAAGGAUGAUUGAGGAACUGGAAAGACAGCUGCAAAAUGAACGCGCUGGGUUUGUAGCAGAACGAAAUCGGUUGCAACAGCAGCUCGCGCGAGUUGCUUCGAAUGCUCAGACGGAGCUGGACUCUUCAUUAAAGAGAAUGUUGCCGCAACUGCGGGGGCUACUUGACGCGUAUGAUCGCGAGCAAGGAAACUGUGCCAGUGGCAUUCAAAAACCGGCUCAGCAGACUGUCACGGUUACGGGCAAGACUUCUCAUCAAGAGCUGAACCAGCGUAUGAAAGACAUGGAGACUAAGUUUGAUGCGGAGCGAGCUGAUCUCCUAGAACAAGCAAGUGAAGCAAUUAAUGCCCAACGCGAUAUCAGCCACGAGAACUUGUUGGAGCGCGAAACGGUGCUCACGUGCCCAAUUUCGCUGGAUCUGUUUGAGGACCCGGUCGUCACUACGUGCUGCGGAAAGACUUUCUCGUCGGGCGUGUUACGCCAAGCACUGAGGCGCAAUAAUUUCUGCCCUUUUUGUCGCGCGCACAAUGUUUCGACCCAUGCUAAUCGUGACAUGUCGACUUUGGUGGAGCUCCACCGCACAGAGUGUUUAAUGCUGGGCUUACCAGAAACCGUUGCCACUAGCAACUCGCCUGCCGCCACGGAAAGCUCGGCGGUUGAAGACAGUCGAUCCAGACGAGAGACUGAACCUCCACGUGGGAAUUCUAGUAUUCUGCAAAGUUUGGAAAAUGUCCGCCAGCGCUUGGCAGGAGGCCAACCUCGGUCGGAUAUGUUUAUUCACCGAUCGAGUGUGAUUGAUCCUGACAUUUUGCCGAGGGCAGGCGUGCCCGUUAGUUCUGGUUUUUUGUACUACGACUCGGAUUACUAG